GGCAAGGUGCGAUGGAGAGAUGGAUGAUGAAUGCUGCGGGCAUGCGGGAACACAGCUGGACGCGUGGACGAUCGUCAUUCCCGCAGCCACCGGCCACUGUUCGGAUGCGGCUCAGUCUCAAGCAUGCAAGGUUGCAAGCUGGCAAGACGUUGCCCGGCGGCCUCGUACCUCCUCGGCGCAUCGGGUGCACCUUGCAUUUGGCGGCCGUCGGGCUCCUCGUCGAUCGUCGGCGGUGUAUGGCAGCCACAGUCGCGUCGCCGCGUCCGCCCCCGCGGCAGGGUCGGUAACAUGAUGUCAGCUCGGAUCGCAUUGUGGAAUUCCACACUUCACUUCCGACCUCCGCAGCUCUCAACACAUCACAAUGUUCGGGGCCAUCGUCGCGGGCCGCCUGGUCCAAACCAACAUGCAGCGGAUCGACGACACACACUUCGUGUUCACUCUCGAAAGACCAUACGAUAUCAACUACCUCACGGUAUUCCUCACGGGCGAGAUGCCCUUUCCAGAGGGGUAUGGCGCAACGGUGCACUUCGCUUGGCCGGGCGGCGAGUACUUCCUGCUUGGGACCCUGACUAAUGCGCGCCCAUCGGCGAUUUACAAGGUGCGCGGACACCUCCCGCCAGGCGUGGCGCCGGGGACGGUCGCGAACGCGCCCGCACAGAUCGGCAUCGAGGUUGCGACAAUUGGCGCGGUCGAGACUGCCGCGCAGGCCAGCGCUGAGAAGACGGGCAAGGGACGCGAGGUUGCGCAGCGCGUUGACGUGGGCUUGGUCGCGCAAAAGAUCGUCAAGAACCUCUUCAACUACCUCCACUCUUUCGGCGGCGACGUCAAGCUCACGCCGGAGACGCCAAUCCCACUCUCCGUUUUCCAGCGGUGGUUUGACAACUUCAACCGCAAGAUCGCCAACGACUCGGGCGCAGCCUUCCUCGAUCGCGAGGACUAGUGCUGCUGGCUAUUGUACAUGCAUAGUGGUAUCCUAUCCUGUC